UGUUUUUUUUUUUCUAUCUCGUUUUCACAGCUCAUCUUGUUUUAUUUCGGUUGUCGACUCUUUGAGGCUGACAUAUCGUAUACUACAAUGCUCUCAGCAAGGUUUCUUUUGCUGCGAUCAACUGCAUCCUUGAUGCCCAGAGCAUCGAGCACAGGGGGCAUGUCCCAGCAAGGCAGGGCACUGAACAUGGCUGAGGGAAAUGCUGUGUUGCACGUGUCAAAUGUGCGUAAUCGGCUGAGAGAGAUUGUGGGAGCUUCCACUAACUGGAGCGACCACCAACAGGCCAUGGCAGAGCGUGCAUCCUUGUCAUCCAUGUUAGCCAAAUCUCAGAAUGACCUUCCAGCCAAGAGGAUGAAGGACAGCUACCAGGAGGCCCACCUGCCUCUAGGCUCAGAGCCACAACUUCGAGAGAAAUAUCUGACCUUCCACAACACCGUCAGGUUUGGUAGAAUCCUGGAGGACUUGGAUAGUUUAGCAGUUCUCAUCGCUUACUCGCACACCUAUAAUCCAGCACUGAAGAGGUCUCCACUGUCCAUCGUCACCGCCCUAGUGGACAAGAUUGACAUGAGGCAGCACAUCAUCCAUCCUGACUAUGACAUCAAGUUCACAGGUCAUGUGUCAUGGGUGGGACGGACUUCCAUUGAAGCCAAAAUCCAUGUGUCACAGUACAGUGAUGGAGCUUACUCUCCAGUUUUGGAUGCUACGUUUGUCAUGGUGGCCCGAGACCCAGAGAACAAGAGGGCUGCAUUUGUGAAUCCGCUGAAGCCAGAAGGGCUGGAUGAGGAGAAACUAUUUCAGGAGGGUGAAGCUAAUAAAUUGCGGCGCUUUGAGCUGAGUACUGCGUCCUUACUGAAGGUGGCACCAGCUGAUGAGGAAAGAAAGAUCGUACACAGUUUAUUUCUCAACACGCUGGACACCAAGACGGUUAGUUUCCGCAGCAGAAUUUUGCCUCCAAACUCAGUGUGGAUGGAAAAUGCAAAGCUGAAAGGCAUGGAGAUCUGCCACCCUCAGGAGAGGAACAUCUUCAACAGGAUAUUUGGAGGAUUUCUGAUGAGGAAAGCCUACGAGUUGGCCUGGGCCAACGCUUGCUCCUACGGGGGAUGUCGACCUAAUCUGGUGGCCGUUGAUGACAUCCUCUUCCAGAAGCCAGUCGAGAUCGGCUCCUUGCUACUGCUCUCAUCACAGGUCUGUUACACAGAGGGGAACUACAUGCAGGUCAGAGUUCACAGUGAGGUUUUUGACCCACUGACCCAACAACACAACACUACCAACGUCUUCCACUAUACUUUUAUUUCUGACCGUGAUGUCCCCAACAUCAUUCCUAAGACAUACGGAGAGUCAAUGCUGUACAUCGAUGGGAAGAGGCAUUUUAAACAAACCGCGUAGAGCUGAGAAGAGUAUUACCUGCCAAAGCCUGUCAGCGUCUGUCCAUGGAGACCCGCACGCCUGUUGGAUAAGAAGAAUGAACGCAGCUAAUAUGUCAGCUAUUGCGCUUAAUUAACUUUGUACUCCCACAUGUUGAAUAUGUUGCUGUGUUUUUCUUUCCUUAAAUAUUCUGCUACUUAUUUCUCUUCCAAGGAAUGUUAUGUUACUGUAUCAGUUUUUCAGUUUGUACCAUGAAAACCAUGAAUUUAUCACUGAUUAUUCUUUUUUAAAUCAAUAAUUUUUAAGGGGUUAUUAUUGAGACUGGGUAGAGUCAGUUUUUGGACAUAAAAAAAAGGUUAGUUGUUGGUAAACAAACAUUAUAAGGAUAUGUUACAUUGUACUUUCAUAUAGUUCAUUUUUUUGUUUGUUUUUUUACCCUGUUGAUGCAGCAAAUCAAAGUUUUGCAGUUGGUCCUCUGUUUGUGUGUCUGUGAACAAGAUAACAAAAAAUAAAACGCAGGACAGAUUUUCAUCACGCUUGGUGGGAUUAUUACUUUGGCAGAUAUCUUGAGAUGAUUAACUUUUGUAGAAGAUCGGACAGCGGUAAAGGUCAAUAAAAACAUGGUGCCAAGAACAUACUGGCUGCUGUAUCGCUGCCAUC